CUUCUACUUCUUGAUUACAUGCAUAUUACAUGGAAGUGAUAAAGGAUGAAAUCAAUUUACUAUAAUAUUUAAAUUAAAAAGGGAUAUAAUGAAAGUGCUUAGUAUGCUAUCGAGAUAACGAAGUAAUAACAUCAACAUGAAAGAAGUAAUGAGGAAAAGGAAGCGUCGUAAACGACACAUAAUUUGUAUGGCGUCAGACUUUUUCUUCCCCAACACUGGGGGCGUCGAAGAGCACAUAUUCAAUUUGUCUCAGUGUUUGAUAAAAGAGGGCCACAAAGUCAUAGUGAUUACUCAUUCCUACGGAGAGCGCGUCGGCGUCCGCUACAUGACCGGAGGAGUCAAGGUUUACUACUUGCCUGUAAAGGUUAUGUAUGCUCAGUGCAUACUUCCAACCAUGAUUUGCAAUCUAGCCCUCAUCCGUUACAUUCUCAUCAGGGAAAGAAUUGAAAUAGUUCAUGGACACUCUGCUUUUAGUGUUAUGGGACAUGAGGUAUCUAUUAUAGGAAAAUUGUUAGGAUUAAAAACAGUAUUUACAGAUCACAGUCUGUUUGGCUUUGCUGAUACAUCUGCAGUAUUAACUAAUAAGUAUUUGCAAAUGUGUUUGUGCGAAUGUGACCAUUGUAUUUGUGUUUCACACACAGGAAAGGAAAACACAGUACUGAGAGCCAAAGUUAAAGCCCACAAAGUGUCAGUUAUUCCUAACGCUGUAGAUACAUAUAACUUCACCCCAGACCCGAGCAAAAGGGAUCCAAAUAUGAUAACUAUAGUUAUAGUGUCAAGGAUGGUGUAUAGAAAAGGUGUAGAUUUGAUGGCAGCAGUGAUAGCAGAAAUGUGUCCCAGGUAUCCUAAACUUAGAUUUAUUAUUGGAGGCGAUGGGCCCAAGAUGUGGUUGCUGCAAGAAGUCAGGGAAAGGAAAGGUUUUCAAGACUGUGUCACAUUACUGGGAAGCUUAAAACAUUCUCAAGUAAGAGAUGUACUUGUGAAAGGGGACAUUUUCUUAAACACCUCUUUGACUGAGGCAUACUGCAUGGCUAUUGUGGAAGCUGCUUCAUGCGGGCUCAAGGUUGUCUCCACUAAAGUUGGAGGCAUUCCAGAAGUAUUACCAAACAACAUGAUUUAUCUCACCGAACCUAAUGUUGCCAGCCUUGUAGAGGGCAUAGAACUGGCUAUGACUGACAUAAACACUGGUCAAGUUAUUUGCCCUUUUGAGUGCAACAAGAUGGUUAGAAACAUGUACAAUUGGAUGGACAUCACUAGGAGAACAGAGAUAGUUUACGACAAAAUAUUACAAAACAGAAAUAAGCCGUUAGGAGAACAACUGAAGAGCUAUCUCUCUUGUGGCGUAUGGCCAUUCCUUUUGGUUAUAAGUCUCAUGUAUUUAUUACUUCAGUUAAUCGAUAGGGUACAUAAGAGAAAGCACAUAGAUAUAGCUAGGGAUUUAAAAUUGUAGUGAAUUAUAAAUUGUUAAAAACGAUUUUUU